AUGAAAGCGGGCGAGACAGGGAAAGUCGCAGGAGUCAAGAAGGUCGAGUGGACAUUUCUGAAUGAAGAGAAGGCCCAGGUCUACGAUUCUCGGGGCACAUCGAAGAGCUCUGUUUAUAGUCCUGUAAAAGACGGGGAUGCAUACGGAGGUAGCUCAGAACAUAAGAUUGAAGAGGGAAAGACGGUGAAUGACCGUACCGCCAAAGCUGCGCAGCUCGACGGGCAGGCCUUACGCCGUUCACGCACGCCCGCACGACGCUCCCUCAUCAAGAAAUCUUCAACGAAAUUCGCAACAAUGAUUCCAUUCAUCCCAACCGUCGCACUUGCUUUCGUCUCGUUCAUAUCCUCAGCUUUCAUCGUUCUUCGUAUAGUAAUUCCCAUUUUACCUCCUCACCCUUUGAGCCGACGAGUUUCACCCGCCGAGUUUGGACUGCCUAACUACAAUUUUCGUUCUCUUUCUUCAGCCGACAAGAGUCAUCUCUGGCUCGCCUCUCUCGACAUCCUUGCACUCGGUGUGUUCAUCUGGCAAGCAGUUACAGAAUAUCUUGGUGGUCCCGCAGACUUCAGCGAAGCACUUGAUGCAGCUUCAGCAUCUAGGCUCUGGUUUGCGUUGACUAUCCGUCAAACGUGUCUCUUAGUCGUAUCUACUCUUACGCUGCUUCACAUCCGUAUGGGCCGUUCAGUAUCGUUCGGUGCAAAGCACUGGAUCCUUUGGGCACCAACCUUGCUUCUUGCCGUAACGUCCACGGUUAUGGCAGGUAUUCUUGCAGACACUGGCGUUACAGGUUUAUUCGUAGGCCUCGUUGCCUAUUCGACCACGGUUGCUCUCCUAAGCACUGUGGCGUUUGGUGGCCUAAUCUUCACGUUGAUCAUCAUCAAGCGCAACUUGGCCGCGUUGAACGACCCCGCGGAUAGCUGGCCUCCCGCCAAGGAGGUUGAAGACAAGCCCCGUCCGUCUUUUGCCACUGAAGAUGUGGAUGCUAUGCGCGAGGGUAGCUCUUGGAUUACGUCGGAUGCUAGCUCUCGCCAUGAGUCCGUGUCAGGUUGGUCAUUCUCAACCCAUCAUACUCACCACCGUCACGGAUCGGUUCGCGUCAAUGCUGCAGCCGCUUCUCAGGUGUCUGUCGCAGCUAAAUCAUCGUUCUGGUUCAACCCCCCUACACCUGCUAAUGGACGUGAUUCUGGUAUACCUCCCGUGCCGCCUCUGCCAUCUCCUUACAAACAGAGUACUUCGCCAACCUGUGCUUUAAGUGACGACCCAGACCCCUUCCGACGCGACGUUCCAGACAAUCAACGUGCUCGCCUCGGCUCACAAACCUCUUGGCUGACCUCGCCUUCUGCAUCUCAAGUCACUUUGUCUGCUUGGUCUUACCCCACAGGCCGUGGUGACGCCAGUACUCCGGAUCUUAAUGCUGAGUUGCUACCAUCAACCGCGGUAUCACGCCCUGUCACUCCUGCUUUGGCCAGCGCUCAGGUCCUGGGCGGCUAUGGGUACACUCGGGAUGCCGAAAAGGGUAUUGCAUCAUUGGCAGUGACAGGUACUGAAAUUGAUGUGUCUGUCUACCGUGAUUUCCAGGGACUCUCACUUCCUUACUUGUUUGCAGUUUCCCCUCAUGGUUACGCUAUUUCCAGCGCGAUGCCCAUUAUGCUUGUUCUAUCGGUCACUAUCUCCAGUCCUCUCCUGGCUCUUAAUAUAUUGCUGCGGUCGCCUAUCCCCAUCCCAUCUGGGCUUUUCGAUGCCCAUAGCGAACCUCCCUCUAUUGUCAUGCGUGCGCCUUCCCCAGCCACUACAUUGGCAUCCUAUAACCGCGAGUACAAACGUAGCGGUAGCGUCACAGUUGUGGAAGGACGCCGUAGUGGAGAUGUUUGGAUUUCGAAAGGGGAUGCCGUCCAUGGCAAAAGUAAGGUGGGUCGGGCAAUGGGAAUGUUGACUCCGGUACCUAGGUUAGCGGUACUUCCACCAGAAGGUGAAGAACCCCAGGACGGCGAGAUUACACCACCUCUACCCAUGCAGACAGAAGACAUGUCUUUUGGUAACACCGUCCCGCCGACUCCGCAAUCGACGAACAGCGCUGAGUUGGGAAGGGUGAGGAAGGAGUCCAAAGCAUCAUCUCACCUUUCUGGAGGGGAAGACUCUUUGGGAUUUGCUUCCAGGAUCAUGAUUGCUCAGAGGCACUAUUCUGCGCUUGCCACAACGGUUGUUGUACCAGCGUCUCCUGAAAAAGCAUCCGACGACGGUGUUGAGGGUACGACUACUGGUGUCGCCAUUGACCAACAAGUUAUGGCCGUGCGAAAUUCACACCUCCGCUCACGUUCCGUAUCGUCCGAAUUCAGUCCAUCCGAAUUCAGUCCUAGAGCAAUCACGACUUCUGAAGCAAGCUUGAGUCCCCCUCCUUCUCUCCCUCUUCCGCCAACUCCACCCAAUGUUAGGAAUGCCAAACUCGCCAGGCUUGUUCACCGAAAGUCAUACUCAUCCGGCUUCUCUUUUGGCGCGGUUGUAAAUGACGACAUCAACGAAAUCGACGCUCUUACUGCUGGUGUAUUGCCUCUCCUUGUCCCAGGGCUUAAAGUUGGAGAUGACAUGCGCAUCCGUCAUGACUGGAAAUUCUCUCCCCCGAUCAGUAGUACCGUUACCAAGAAAAAGGCCGCACGAACUCACCAUCAACAAUCCUCCGAGUUUGACUUUGGCAUUUUGGGAACAUCAGGAGAAUUCCCUUCGCCUCAACUUCAUUCUACCCCUGCCCAGAGAAAGCAAGCCGCUAGAGCGAAGAAGAUAUCUGCCAGCAAGAGACACCACUUCAGUUUACCUAGCUUGGGUCUUGGCAAAGACGGUGUCCACUCAUGGAUUCCCGAGCUUAAUCGUGCUUUAGAUAACAAAGUAGGGCCAUACGCAACUGUUUCCAACACAGACAGUGCCAGGAGAAAUACUGUUUGGGGUGGCGAGUCUGUGCCUACCCUGUCGCACACAAAGACUGUUAGAGAGGACGACGCCCUUCUCUGCACAAUUCCUGAAGCUCCUCUCGCACGGGCUGCAUCAACUCGCAGCCUUGGACUUCGUGCUGAUGUCCCCCAUGAUGCUCGUUCGUCUGCUGCCUCUCUAUCCGACAAACAUACUAUCGCUCCUCCUUCUGCUGCUUCCACCGUCACGCUGUUUGAACUCGACAAUGGCUCUGGUCCCAUCGCGGAGAGUACACCCCAAGAUUCGCAGAAGAACCAGCAACUGACUACAAGGCACCAACCUCCCGUUAUGCACCUCCCCACUUCUCGUCGCUCAAGUAUUGUUUAUAUCAAACCCGAUGAAAAUGUACAAAAUAAUGACCCUACGCCUACGAACCGCACGUCCUCCAAUGUUUUCGCUCAGUGGUCUUCGCGAGCCGUAAGACCACUUAUACCCAAAGCUAGCAAAUUGCAGCGCAAGCAAUCAUCAUCUGAAGGCAAGCCAGGCUCCCCUAGUGGAGGCCUGCGACCUCUCUCGCUCCUCCAGAAUCGCGACACCAAUCGUACUAGUGAUGUCGCUAAUACGAGUGGAACGCGCCCGCUUGUUCUUGGAAAGAAGAAGCAGAAAGUGACUGUAAUCGCAGAUGAGAAUGCCGAUCCUAGUUCUGAGAACAAACAUCUGAAGCCGCUUCAGCUUGCACGCUCCGACACGAGCAAAGCCCGAGGAGUGCUCCGAAAAGGCGAAGUCAUACCGAACGUGGUUGUACGACCGCCUUCAACAAUGACCGAGCAAACAGGGUUCACUUAUGGUUUCCGUUGA